AUGCAAAUAAUGACAAAUAUUUCAAUAUUGUUUAUUAUUUAUUUAAUUAAUAAUUUAUAUGCUGAAUUGGUUAUAAAACCAUCAGAAUCAAUAGUGUUACGUGAUCAAUUUAAAUCAUUUGUUGCUUCAUGCACUGGAUUACCAAACACUCGAGUUGCUACUUGGAGAUCUCCAUUACAAAUUGAUAUUAAAGAAGACGAUACGGCGAGAGUGACAGUCGAACGACAGACAUAUGGAUUACGAUUACGCAUAAGAAAUUUAACACGAAGUGAUCAAGGGAUAUGGGAAUGUUUAGGAUCGGAUCUAGCUGGACGACCAUUAAUACGUACUUUACAAAUUAAUGUUAAAGUUCCAAUAACAUUUUUGGGUGAACCAAUUCAAUAUGCUGAAUUAAAUUCAGCUGUAUUGAUUAAAUGUCGAGUAUUAGCAAAUCCAUCUGCUGAAGUAUCUUGGUUUAAAGGACGUGAUAAAACUCAUUUAGUAUCAUCAAAUUAUGAACGAAGCAAUGAUGGUUUAAAAAUCAAUCGAGUUUCAUUAGCUGAUAAUGAUCUAUUUUGGUGUCAAGCUGAUGUACUUGAAACAGGAGAAUCAAAAGACUAUCCAAUUCAAGUUAUUAUUGCUCAACCUAUAACAUCACCAAGAAUUGUUUGUGCAGCACCGUGUGCUGUUGAAAAACAAGCUGCUACUUUAAUUUGUGAAGCAGGUGGAAUGCCACCGCCAGAAAUUCUUUGGUUUUAUGGACAAGAUGUUCCAAUUGGUACAAAUGUAAUAUCAAAAUUUGUUAUUCGUAGAAAUACUUUAGUUAUUAAUUAUGUUGAUGAAACAGAUAAUGGCCGAUAUUCUUGUCAUGUAUUUAAUGAUUAUGAUCGACGUGGACAACGAGCUGAAUAUAUGCUUAAUGUUAUUGUUCCACCUCGUCUUGCACCUAUUCCUCCAAUAAAAAUUAAUCUUGAUGAAACUGCUCCACCACAACGAGCAGCUUUCACUUGUCGUGUUUUACGUGGUUCAGCAGAAAGUCUUACUUUAGAAUGGGUCCUUAUUGAUGGUAUUCCUGUACAACCAAUCAAUGGUAUAUCGGUUGAUGUUAGUCAAUUAGCAUUGAAUCGUUUUGUUGAAUUACGUUUUGAUCCUGUACGCCGAGAACAUCAUGGAAAUUAUACAUGUUUAGCAAAAAAUCUAGCAGAUAUUACAUCAACUGUUGCUAAUCUUUUUGUUGAAUAUAAACCUGUUUUUAUGGGACCAGAGAAAUCAGUUAUAUUCAGUGUUCCUAACUAUCGCGCCAUUAUGAAAUGUCAAUUUGAUAGUUAUCCUGCUCCAACAAUUCAAUGGAUAAGAAUGCCUCGAAGAAUAAAAGAUCUUGAUAGUGGCCACAUACUUGUACAAGAUAAUGAUCCACAAGUAAUCGAUAUAUUAACUAGACAAAUUGGUC